CCAGCGUAGCUUCUCUGGCGUCCGGCCAACGCGCUCACUAGCCUCCCGCCUUCCUCCACAUCUCCUCGCCUCCACCCCAUCCAGUUCGUGCCAUUCGCUGCUCCAAGACAAGGGCAUGGCGCUCGGCGGCUGCGGCAACGAAGCUGAUGGUGCACGAGCCAACCAUGGAGGCAGUAGCACGGGGCAGCGACAGCAGCAUGGAGGGCGUCCUCUUGUUUGGGAAGGUAAUGGAACUGCAAAUAGGAGUGGCAGCGGCGACCAGGAUGCAAAUGGAAGUGGUUCCCAAAGACCUUGGAAAGGACUUAAAGACAAUAACUUAUAUGAUCCUUGGAACCAUGCAUGGCCGUAUUAUGGGGUUUUUGAUUGCACGUACUGCAGCCUAAAGCACAAAGGUGGAGGUGCAACCCGUGUCGCGGAGCACCUUGGUGGUAUUGUAGGUAAUGUGAGGAGCUGUCCCAAUGUGCCAAGAAAUGUGAGAGAUGCAAUGAGAGAGUGCCGGGAUGAAUCAAGGAGGAAGAAAAGAGACAAACAAAAUAGCAGGCUGAGAAUUGAAAGAAAUAUUAUGGAAGGGUUGUAUAAAAAAGGAGGGGUGGUUAACGUACCAGAUGAUGAUGAAGAAGAAAUUCAGAUGAAUAUUAGAGAAGCAUUGCGUGACCCGAAUGUCUCUCGCAGAAUUGAAAGGAGAAUUGGCAAGGGGGGUGUGGGUGAUGUGCAUGUUUCUGUUGGUAAAAGGAGUAUCAGCGCCUAUUUUGACAGGCAAUUAUCUAGCAACAAAGUAUCUUUGCAGCCCAAGAUCAGCCGAAGAGAUAGGGCAUGA